AUGACGCCAUACCCCGGACUUGGCCUGCCCCUGCGGCAGUAUCCUCGAGAUGGGAAGAGGUUUUACCCGCUAGGUCUACACGCCGAAUGCGUUGAUUCAAACUCCGCUCUUCUUCCCGUGCGCGAGGUUGCGAUGAUGAAUAUUAUGGAACGAUUAACUGACAAAGAAAACUGGCACAAAAUGAUCUUCGACGACGAGAUUGUAAAACAGUGGCGGGAAGAAGCGCUCAAGCAUCCUAAUAAACUGUAUUGGAAGCAAGCCACUGAUAACAAAGGAGCCAAUGCUAUUAAUGACGUGCGACGGCCGCCAGCGAUUAUGGAUACCGCUACUUUUGGCUACUGCGUGAAAGAGCUUCGGAACAAAUCCAACUACUACAUUGAGACGGGCAUAAUCCCUACUCUCGAUGCAUCUGCGACGAUCGUGAAGUCAGACUUAUUAGUCCAGGCAGGCCUCCGAGUUGAAUUGCAGGAGGCCUUCAACAAGCUCAAGGCAGACCAAGGAUCGAAGCUCAACUGGCGCCCAAAUUCUAAUGAACAGGUGCUGGAUCUAGUACAUCCUUCAAUGUACCCUCUAGUAUAUGGGCGAACCGGGGUACUUCAAGAUGAGGUUGUCGGCACUACUGAUGCGAUCGAUAAAUGGGCGGGAAAAGGAGAACAGAUCGCGAAGGAGACGACUCCAAUUCGCCGGGAUGCAGAUUCGCUGCCGGCCUCUCUGUGGUCUGACACGUACCAAUGGCUUCCUGCCAAUGUUAGAUUCAUGGAGGAUGGGACUGUCAAGUUUACGAGCUAUAUCAACAAUCUACAUCCUCAAAAGUACGCGCAGAUCUAUCGCACCAUCGAGAAGCUUAUCGAAGCCGCCCUCCCCACCUGGGAUCAGUGCCUAUCUCUUCCACUGGAGCGUGGAACAAAAAUUGGCGCUGGACGCACUGAGCCUCGGUUCCCAAAGCAGGAUCUGAAUGAUUAUGUCUCGGAAAUCUGGGAUCCUCCAAGCCCUCCGCCGCUAGAUGACGAUGAUGAUGAAGACGAUGAUGAAGACGAUGAUGGAGACGAUGAUAAUGAUGAUGAUGAAGAUGAAGAUGAAGAUGAUCCAGCCUUCCUCGAAUGGAAAAGAACACGAAAACCAGUGCACCCCUCUGUGCCCGAGUUCGAAGAUAUUGAAUAUACCCCGCGUGACACAGCUCGUCUCGCCCAUAAAUUUAACAAGACUGGCCUUCAAGUCAUAGUUAAAAUGACUUCUAUCGAGCUCACGCCGGAGAAACCAGAAUUAUCUGCUGAAGAAUGGCACGUCAAGGGACAGAUGAACGAACAGAUCUGUGCAACGACUCUAUAUUGUGUGGAUAGUGACAACAUAGCUCCUAGCAAUAUCCAUUUUCGUAUGCAAACUGCACAAUACAUUCAAGGUCAAUAUCCGACAAUUAGACAUGAUGCAAAAACCUGGUUUGAGCGCACCCACGGAACGAGCCUGGUGGAUGGGACAUGUCUUCAGAUUUACGGAACCGUGCAAAUGCACGAGGGCCGCCUAUUGACGUUUCCCAACGUAUUCCAGCAGAGGGAAUCUUCAAUCAAGCUAAAAGACACUAGCAAGCCAGGUAGCAGACACCUCAUCUCACUACAACUUGUCGACCCCAACGCACGAAUCAUUUCUACAGCCAAUGUUCCGCCACAGCAGCAUGACUGGUGGGCCAGCGCAGUCUUUGGGCAGUCUCUUCAGUCCGACAGCGCUGCCCUAGCAAAAUUUCCUCCCGAUCUCGUUGCGAUACUACAACAGAAGGGAUUCGUUAGGGAUUCGCCCAUCUCUGGUGGAAAGCUGCCUGUUGAGCUGUUACGCAUGGUGCGAGCCCACUUAUACAAUAACGAGUCCGGCAUGCCGAUGAGUGAGGAAGAAGCCCAAAAACAUCGGGCUGAACUACUGACCGAGCGCAUCGAGCACCAUAUUAGAGCCGACCUUGCCUGGUCAAACCGUCUAUAUUAUAUGUUCCUUGGUUAA